GUGAAGGAAGACAGCUUGAGAUGCGGAGAUACAGCCUGGGCAGGAAUAAAAGAGACCUCUGAUAGAGACAGACAAGGAAAGGAGCUGGGGUGGGAAGGACAUAAUGUGACAUGGAAAACCUGACGAAGAGGAAAGCCUUGGAAGAGGAGAUCCAGGAAUAGACAAAAGACAGCAUCCAAGAGACAGCUAGUAAGAGAGAUUGUGUCGCUGCCUGGAUGCGGGCUGGCAGGGUGUGAGGGAGCCAUUCCACUGGCCCCUCUGUGGUGCCCUGUGAUGGUGCCAGCAGGAUGCCGUGGUUGCCAGUGAAGAAGAUCCGCAGGCAAUUUAAGCUGCUGCUGCUUCUGGUGUUACUUACCUCAGCCGUCUGGGUCACAUACCUGCACAUUAGCCUUGCAAGGCAAGGAAAAACACUACGACUGCCCUUCAUCUACAGCAGAGAUGGUGAGAGAGCGGAGGGAACAGACCAUGCACGUAAAACAGGACGGGCCCAGGUUUUCCUUGCUCAUUCUCAGGCUGGAGAUUCUAGCGAGGAGGCUCCCACGCCUGAUGCCCUGGUUUGGAAGAGAGAACGUAAAUGGAAGCCCAGCGAGCGUGGGUUUAACCUCACUGAUACCCCUUUGCCCUGGGAUGAGAAGUAUAAAGGCAAAGUGAACCUCCAUGUGUUUGAGGACUGGUGUGGGGGAUCCGUGCUGCUCUUAAAGACUAACCUGCAUUUCCCUUUGUACCCUCAUACUCGUACUACAGUCACCAAGCUUGCAGUGUCACCCAAGUGGAAGAAUUAUGGACUGCGGCUGUUUGGUUACAUACACCCCUACAAAGAUGGCGACUUCCAGUUUGCGGUGGCAUCAGAGGAUAAUUCUGAGUUCUGGCUUAGCAGCGAGGAAAGCCCCUCUAGCGCUCAGCUUAUAGCAUAUGUAGGAAAGAGUGGCUCAGAGUGGACAGCACCAGGGGAAUUCACAAAGUUCAGUUCUCAAGUGUCCAAGCCAAUCCGGUUAAUGAGCUCUCGGCGCUAUUAUUUUGAGCUUCUUCACAAGCAGGACGAUCAUGGUUCUGAUCAUGUGGAAGUUGCGUGGCGUUUGUCUCUUCCAGGCAUGAAGUUUGAGAUUGUGGAUUCGGCCUACUUAUCCCUCUACACAGAUGAGACUGCUUUAAGAAUGAACGAGGUGGCUCACAUCCCACGCACUCUUUCUAGCCACACCAAUCACCUCUGGGGAGGAGACAAGGAGCAGCCGGCUGCUGACAUGCUGAUUGAAGACCCCCGGGACAAUUUUUUUAUGACACCACUGAUUGAACAAUCCAGAUUGGAGAACGUGCUGGUCCCCUGCGCAUAUAGCCCUACAUACGUAGUAAAGGAUUUUCCAAUUGCACGAUACCAGGGCCUGCAGUUUGUGUACCUCACGUUUGUAUACCCCAAUGACUUUACCCGCCUUACUCAUAUGGAAACAGAAAACAAAUGCUUCUAUCGAGAGUCCCCCAUAUACUUAGAAAAGUUUGGGUUUUACAAGUACAUGAAGAUGGAUGAUGAAGAGUCUCCUCAAAUACCAUUUCUGUUCUUUAAUCGCCAGAACUUCAUGGAGGAAGAUGAUGACGAUGAGGAAGCACUGUUUGCGGGGGGUAAAUUAAAUCAUAAGAUUAAAGAAGAUUUUACUGGAGACCCCAUGCCGCCUAACACUGACCAUAUCCCCAGUAGUGAACCCCCUGCACCUACCUAUAGAAUAAAUGCCAGCGCUGUGGCUAAAAUACGUGGUCGGAGCUUACAGUGGGCAGCAAGGGAAUAUCCGCCAUUAGGCCACAGAGGGCAAAGGAGACUGUUAAUACCUACAGUGGAGGGACAAAUUAAAAGAACUCAGCAGCGUCCCACAGAUGGGACAUUAGAUGUGAGACUGAUAAAGGAGCCAGAACAUAGGACAACUGGUAAGUCAAAGAAUGGACGGAUGUCUGAUGUAAGAAGAAAAGGCAUAAAAUCCGAGUUUAGAAACAGAGCUAGAAAAUUAGAUUCUGUAGCGGUUGGUCCAAAAACCGAGUUCACGGAAAAGCCAGAAUUGCCAGAAAUCAGGCCCACUGAAGGCGGCCACUUGGAGUCCAUUACCAGUGAGGCAAUACUUAAACAGAACCCGAAGGACACUUUACGAGUAAAAAAUAAACAUAAGCCAGAAAAGGUGUAUGUGACACGCCUGCUAUCUAAAGUAAGAAAGUCCCAAACAUCCCGACUCUUACCUGGAAUGCUGCUGCAUAAACCUAAACCCCAUCGCUCUCCUAGUCCUCAUGCCCACUCACAUGCCCCCCAUACUCCCAAAGCCUCCCGUGGGGGCAGAAGGUCUAAGGCAUGGAGUCUGCCUGAUACCUCAGAACUGGGACUUUUCAGCUGGGAGGGACAGACUGAAAGGCCUGGAGCCCCAGUUCCAACCUCUCCUAGUCUACCUAAUGGGCCGCCAUCUCUUAGCGUGUCUUCAGAAGCUCCUGCAGAAGUGCAGGAGCAGGAUUAUAGCUAUGAGGAAGAGGAGCCGCGGCAACGCUGGCCAGAGGAUGCCAUCAACUGGCAACGCACUUUCAGCGUGGGCACUGUCGACUUUGAGAUGCUGCGGUCAGACUGGAAUGACCUUCGCUGCAAUGUGAGUGGCAACUUACAGCUGUCCGAGGCAGAAACAGUGGACUUGGUGGCACAAUAUAUGGAGAAACUAAAUGAGAAGAAUGGCGGUAUAUACACUUUGCUGCAUAUAAUCAAUGUGGAGAAGAGACGAGACUCUGCCAGAGGAAACCGCUACUUUAUCGAGCUGGAGCUCCAGGAACGCAGCAGCAGGAAAGUGAGGCUGGCCGAUUAUGUGUACCUGCUACUGCACCGUGGAGCUGGGGGUGACAGCGAUGAAAGCCCCCCAGCAGACACCCCAGAAGUCUCUCCCAGCCCUCAACUUCCCUUAUACAGUAAACCCAUCCUAUGCCGGCCUGUGAGCCUUAACUGGAAUCCUCGUGCAACUGUACAUUUUGUAGUGCCAGUAAAGAAUCAAGCCCGCUGGGUCCAGCAGCUCAUCUCAGACCUGGAGUUCUUGUAUACAAACACUCAGGAUGAUAAAUUCAAUCUCAUUCUGGUGGAUUAUGACAGCGAGGAUAUGGAUGUGGAGAAGGCUCUGCGCAGUGCUAAGCUACCAAGUUAUAAAUAUCUGAAGAGAAGUGGGAACUUUGAGCGCUCAGCUGGGCUGCAGGCAGGCGUUGACACCAUACAGGACAAUCACAGCAUCGUAUUCCUGUGUGACCUGCACAUACACUUCCCCCUUUCUGUGUUGGACAGUGUGAGGAAACAUUGUGUAGAGGGACGGCUUGCCUUUGCACCUAUAGUUAUGAGGCUGGCCUGUGGAAGCUCUCCUCACAACCCUCGUGGGUACUGGGAGGUGAAUGGAUUUGGUCUUUUUGGAAUCUACAAAUCGGAUUUUGAUAGAAUUGGAGGUAUGAAUACAGAGGAAUUCAAAGAUCGCUGGGGUGGAGAGGACUGGGAGCUGCUUGACAGGGUUCUCCAAAAUGGUCUGGAAGUGGAGCGUUUGCGUCUGAGGAACUUCUUCCACUACUACCACUCCAAGCGAGGCAUGUGGAACACACAAAGCCAGGAGAGUGCAGUAAAGGACUAACAUGCAGCGAGUGGGUUGCAGGGUUUGACUACUCCUUCAGUUUGUGUUUAUUGAAGGCUGAUUAUGUUGCUUAACUUGACACAGCCAGGGGCAGCGCGGCUCCUCUGCGCAUGGCGCUCUGGGUGCUAGCAUGGUACGGACUGCUCUGGUAGGGCUCUGAGAAUGCUGCGAUGCUCUGCAGGAGAUGAAUCUUCCAUGUUUUGUGGUUGGUGACAGAUAUUUCUUCUUGGGAAGUAACUUGAUCCUGAGCACUGGACUGUUUCCACUAGACAUCAGUUGGCGUACUGGUGGGAAGCAAGGAUAGAAUUUUAGAUCCCUCUUAAAGAGUCAAGAAAUAUAUCCUCAGCCUUUAGGGUGGCACACAGAGAAACAUUGUCAUGAAUUAUAGGUGUUUUUCAAAAUGUCCAACCAUCCCUCUAUAUAGGCCAAUCACUCAGUCUGUGGCCAUCAUGCAGUCUAUUAUAGUUGAACAGUUAUUAUAGAAUAUUCUGGUUAGUGUCUCCCAUCAUAAAAUGUGGUCAACACUGGUCAGCAGGAAGUGUCAGAGGCUUCACUUUAGUGCCCUUUGGCCACCUACCUCUGUCGUUAUAUUUCAAAUGAUCUAAUUGCAAUGCCUUUGAGAUGACCAACCGGUCCAGUGGGGUGACCAGCUUAUCUGUAUCAUUCCAUUAUGUCACAGUGAUUUGCGUUGUAUAUUGGACAGCCCCCUGGGUGUUUCUAUUUGAAGCCAAAUCCUCAUUAUUACCUCAAUACCUUGCACCAUUGGAUUAGCUCUGGGAACUCAAUGAUCAGGGCUGGAGACUGCACUUGGUACUAUAUCAGCCUUAUAAAAGGCUCCACAGGCAGGCAGAAAUAUCAUCAUUACAUAUGAGCGUGGGUAGAGAGAAUAGGAUCACCCAAUCAGUUUUCUUGAAGAAAAUAAAAUCAUGGAACAUAAAAUUAUGAUUUCUUGAACCUAAGUGAGAUCUUAUACUAGGAAACAGGUUCCCCUGACUGAAUCAGGACACUGGUGUUAGCAUUUCUUUACUUGGUUAGGAAAUAACCUGGCCAGCUGGAGCACUUCUUUUAUUUACCCUGGCAGGACAAGUAUAGGAGCCCCCACUCAAAUCAAUAAAUACAAAUACACAGAUAAAUAAGGGUAGAAAGUGGUUAAACAGCACAUAUUGGCAUAGUGUUGCACAUAAAUGCCCUUCAGUUGUGUGGGAUUUUACUAGUGCACAAUGGGAGCCAUGGUCAAGGCUGGUUUUAGUAACAGGGCCCUUAGUGGUGUUGCCCGUUGGCACAAGCAGGGCAAGUUCUGUAUGUAUGGAGUUUUAAUAGGCAUAUUACAGCCCCCACAUGCAGAGCUUAUGCGUUUAUGUGCUUCAGCUCAGUGUGAAUUAAUGGUACUACUGUUCUGCAGUCUAGUACUGUAAUUACCCCUCCACUGGGUAAUUGUACAAUAUUUAAACCCUUAUGAAUAGUCAAGAGUUACAGUGGGCAUAGGAAUGGAUUGCUCUGCACCCAGUGUAGUAUUUAGAACAUUAAUAUGCACUGCAAAGGCAAAGAGAAUUCACUGUCCAACAUGCCUAAGGCACGGCAUAAAUCACCCAGCUAGUCAGGUAUACAGUUGUUGAAUCUGAUCUGCCAGCAGCUUUAGGUAGGCCCAUAUUUGUCUGUGAUUUUUUGACAUGAGGAGCCAAUGGUUGGGCGCCCUGCAGAGUAAGUACCAUAGGAGUUAUUACAUGUAUUAGGUGCAGUGGCCACAUGGGGUCGCACUGAAUUAGGAAUCCUUACACUCACAUGUAAAGUGGAUUAGAUAGUUAUAACACCAACACACGCUAUUGCCCCAUAUCCAUUUACUUACAAGUAGGGUCAUCUGCCUGUUUCCUUUUAAUAGCGUCUUUAUUGGCCGGAGCUGAGCAGCUUUACCCACAAGGCUCUGCAGGGUUUUAAAAGCUGAAUGAUUUCUAGAUGGCAUGACAAUUCUUUCAGAUAUCUAUACUUUCCCAUGCAAGGGGAUUUGCAGACCCAACUAAAAAAACAGGGAAAGGUUUGGAACUGAUUGGAGUGUGUUUCAGCAUGGCCAGGGCAGAUCAGGAACAUGGUAAGGUUUUGUCCCAGUUUUUCAUUUGGGAUUGUUGGGACGUGAGGCAGAAUUCCCUUUGGCCCCAACAACUCAUCUCCUGAGCCGAGGUCCAGCCCCGCUCAGCAUUUACACUGAUUUCUGUGAAAUUACAAUGUAGCAAAGAGGUUUUUAGAAGUUUUCAAACAAGAAUUUCUUUUUAAACUAAAAUAAACGGUUUUCAGUUUGA